AUUCCCAGGUUGUAACAAGAUGACUGUGAAUAUGUACAUCAUCUACUGAUAGCCUAGUUAAAGUAUAAUGUAAUAAACUGAUAGGAGAAUGAAUCAGUACAUAUAGCCAGAGGUAACAAGGUAAAUCAUCACUACUAUUCCUGGGACUAUCUACCUCGUACUGAUAUAUGGAUGAAAUCAAGGAAGCAUAGAGAUGGGUAAGAAGAAAUUCAGUGGAUUAGAAGUCACUCUGAUCACUCUCUUCAUUUUGGUGGUGAUUGUAGCUUGUGCCUUGAUUGGACUUCUAGCAACAGGUCAUUCUGGUCUCAAAGACUUUUCACCAACAUGUCCAGCUGUAGAAUUCUCUGACCGAAUAGACUGUAUUCCAGAUCAAGUGGCAACAAAGAGUCUCUGCACACUUCGUGGCUGCUGCUGGAAUCCUCAGAAUGAAACAUUCAUCCCUUGGUGCUACUUUUCUAAUAGUCAUGGGUACAAAGCUGAUGGAGGCCAAAAACAGACAAAUACAGGAUUUGAAGUUAAACUAAAAAGAUUGCCUGCGCCAUCCCUGUUUGGAGCUGAUGUUGGAGAAAUUCUCUUAACUGCAGAAUAUCAGACAGCAAACCGCUUUCGGUUCAAGAUUACAGAUCCUGCUCAUAAUAGAUAUGAAGUUCCACAUACCAAUGUUAAACCCUUUGUGGGACCCAAAGCAAGCAAUCCAAACUACAGGGUUGAAAUUACUGAAAGUCCUUUCAGCAUCCAAGUGAUUAGGAAUACCAAUAAUAAAGUUCUCUUUGACACCAGCAUUGGACCACUUGUGUAUGCCGACCAGUUCUUGCAACUCUCCAUCAGACUACCCAGUGAAAAUGUUUAUGGAAUUGGAGAACAUGUUCACAAACAGUAUAGGCAUGACUUUAACUGGAAAACAUGGUCAAUAUUUACUCGGGAUGCUCUACCUCUUGGAGCUAUGGAUAACCUUUAUGGUGCUCAGCCUUUCUUCUUGUGUCUGGAAGAUGCCAGUGGACACUCUUUUGGUGUAUUCUUGAUGAACAGCAAUGCCAUGGAUUUUGCUCUCCAACCUGCCCCAGCGGUUACAUACAGAACAAUUGGUGGAAUUCUAGAUUUCUACAUAUUCUUGGGAAACACUCCAGAACAGGUUGUCCAAGAAUAUCUAACGCUGAUAGGACUUCCAUGGAUGCCAUCAUACUGGAAUCUGGGAUUUCAGAUCUGUCGCUGGGAUUAUGCUGAUCUUGAUGAUGUAAAAGCUGCUGUGGAAAGGAAUAGGGCAGCUGGAAUACCUUUUGAUGUUCAAUACACUGAUAUUGACUACAUGGAAGAUACCAAAGAUUUUACCUAUGACAAAAUAAAAUUUGCAGGCCUUCCUGAGUUUGCUCAAGACCUUCAUGACCAUGGACAGAAAUACAUCAUAAUAUUGGACCCAGCCAUUUCUAUUCAUGAUCUCCGCAAUAAUACACCCUAUGAGACCUAUAGAAGGGGCAAUGAGAUGAAAGUGUGGGUCAAUGAGUCAGAUGGAAUAAAGCCUCUCAUUGGAGAAGUGUGGCCAGGAAUAUGUGUCUAUCCCGAUUUUUCCAAUUCUGAUACUGUUACAUGGUGGUCUAAUGAGUGCGACACUUUUCACAAAACUAUUCCGUUUGAUGGAUUGUGGAUUGAUAUGAAUGAAGUAUCAAAUUUUGUUAAAGGAUCCACAUCUGGCUGUGCACAAAACAACUUGAAUUAUCCACCAUUUACUCCAAAAAUUCUUGAUGGUGUCAUGUACUCAAAAACACUUUGUAUGGAUGCAGUGCAGAAGGCAGGCAAACACUAUGAUGUACACAGCCUCUAUGGAUUUUUCAUGACUACUGCUACUGAUCAAGCUCUCCAAACUGUUUUCCCUGGCAAGAGAAGCCUUCUUCUUUCUCGAUCUACUUUUGCUGGAUCUGGAAAAUUCUCAGGGCACUGGCUGGGUGAUAAUGAUGCCACCUGGAAUAAUAUGAAAUGGGCCAUACCAGGAAUGAUGGAAUUUAAUCUUUUUGGCUACCCUUAUAUUGGAGCAGAUAUUUGUGGAUUUCUCCUAAAUGCCACAGAAGAACUUUGUAGACGGUGGUUACAAGUUGGCGCAUUUUACCCAUUUUCAAGGAAUCACAAUGGUGAAAACAAUGAUCAUAAUGAUCCUGCAUCUUUUGGGAAAAACUCUCUCUUGGUGAAUUCAACCAAACAUUAUCUAAACAUACGUUACACCUUGUUACCAUAUCUCUACACCCUCUUUUAUAAAGCACAUGCCCAUGGAGAGACAGUUGUGAGACCUGUUCUACAUGAGUUUUACUCAGAUGAAGCCACUUGGGCUAUUGACAGACAGUUCUUGUGGGGACCUGGGCUGCUUAUUACUCCAGUCCUGGAUGAGGGUGCAAACACAGUGGAUGCCUAUAUGCCUGAUGCUGUGUGGUAUGAGUAUGAAACAGGCAGAAAGGCAAUUUGGAGGAAACAACAAUGUCAGAUGUAUCUCCCAGCAGACAAACUAGGACUUCAUCUCAGAGGAGGCUACAUCUUUCCUACUCAACAACCAGCUAACACAACUGUUUUCAGUCGUGUAAACCCUAUGGGGCUUAUAAUUGCCUUAAAUGACAACGGAACAGCAACAGGAGAAUUGUUCUGGGAUGAUGGAGAAACCAGAGGUACAGUGGAAAAUAAAGCUUACCUCUUAUAUCAAUUUAGUGUCUCCAAUGAUGUCUUAACUAUGUCUGUGGCACACAAUGGUUACCAAGACCCAAAUAACUUAGAAUUUCAGGAAGUCAAGAUCUUUGGAUUAUCUCUAGAACUUACAGAAGUGAAAGUCACAUCAAACAACGUGGCUCAGAAUUAUCCUGUCAAUGUCAAUUAUAUUGCUGCAGAUAAGGUUGCCCAUAUAACAGGUCUUCAGCUUAAACUAGGUGAACCACACACAGUCUCCUGGAACCAAGUCUCUAAAGACAGUGAUAAAUUUGAUUGUUAUCCUUAUCAAGAUGCAACACAAGCAAAUUGUCAAGCGCUAGGCUGUAUCUGGGAGGCUUCCCCUACUCCAGGAGUUCCAUACUGUUACUUCCAUAACAAUGCUGGUUAUACUGUUGACAAGGUUCAGUACACAUCUUCUGGUUUUACUGCAGACCUUAGCACAAGCCAGAGAUCUUUUAGAUCUGCAAAACUGGCCAUAACUCCUAUUAACACACUGCGCUUGGAGGUUAAAUAUCAUGAAAACCACAUGCUUCAGUUUAAGAUUUUUGAUUAUAGUAAUAAAAGAUAUGAAGUUCCUGUCCCAUUGAACCUCCCCAGCACUCCUGCAAGCACCCCUGAAAAUCGUCUCUAUGAUGUUUCAGUUCAAAACAAUCCAUUUGGUAUACAAAUUCAGCGCAGAAGCACUGGGACAGUCAUCUGGGAUUCACAAUUACCUAGUUUCAUCUUCAGUGACAUGUUCAUUCAGAUUUCAACUCGUUUACCAUCACAGUAUGUAUAUGGCUUUGGGGAAACAGAGCACAAACAAUACCGGCAUGAAAUGGACUGGCAUACUUGGCCAAUGUUUGCAAGGGAUCAGUCUCCUGGAUACAAAUUUAACACUUAUGGAGUUCAGCCCUUUUACAUGGGUUUGGAAAAUGAUGGAAAUGCUCAUGGAGUUCUUUUGCUGAACAGUAAUGGAAUGGAGGUGAAAUUACAGCCUACCCCAGCUUUGACUUACCGUACCCUAGGAGGGAUUUUGGACUUCUAUGUAGUGCUGGGCCCAACUCCAGAACAAGUUGUUCAGCAAUACACUGCACUUAUUGGACGCCCGGUCAUGCCUCCCUAUUGGGGUUUAGGAUUCCAGUUGAGCCGUUAUGGAUAUGAAAAUGACGGAGAAAUCUCUAAUUUGUACAAUGACAUGAAGGCAGCUAAAAUUCCUUAUGAUGUACAGUAUGCAGAUAUUGAUUAUAUGGAGCGGCAGAUGGAUUUCACACUCAGUCCCAAAUUUUCAAACCUUCCAUCUUUGGUUGACAGGAUUAAAGAGGAUGGCAUGAGAUUUGUCAUCAUUUUGGAUCCAGCCAUUUCAGGAAAUGAAACUAAUUAUCCAGCAUUCACGAGAGGUGUUCAGGAAGAUGUCUUCAUUAAAUGGCCCAAUGGCAGUGGUAUCGUGUGGGGGAAGGUAUGGCCUUAUUUGCCUGAUGUCGUUGUGGAUCCAUCUCUAGGCUGGGAUGAAAAAGUAGAAAAAUACUGUGCUUGGGCUGCAUUCCCAGAUUUUUUCCGUGAGUCUACAGCUGACUGGUGGAAAAGGGAAAUCCAGGAAUUCCACACUAACCCUACAAACCCAGAGAAAAGUAUUAAAUUUGAUGGAUUAUGGAUUGAUAUGAAUGAACCAUCCAAUUUUGUCAAUGGUGCAGUUCAUGGCUGUGGGGACUCUGAGCUAAAUUUUCCUCCAUACAUGCCAGGCAUUGAGGGAAAGGAUGCAGGAUUGUGUAGCAAAACCCUGUGCAUGCAGAGUCAACAGCUUCUGCCUGAUGGAACUCAGCUUCGACACUAUGACGUUCACAAUAUAUAUGGGUGGUCUCAAACUAAGCCUACAUAUGAUGCCCUUCACAGUGUCACUGGACAACGUGGCAUCGUCAUUACUCGUUCAACAUAUCCUUCGAGUGGCAAGUGGGCAGGACAUUGGCUUGGUGAUAACUUCUCCCUGUGGGAUCAGCUUUACAAAUCUAUAAUAGGCAUGAUGGAAUUUAGCCUCUUUGGAAUGUCAUAUACUGGUGCAGAUAUCUGUGGCUUCAACUAUGAUAGCAAUUACCAAAUGUGUGCCCGAUGGACACAACUGGGCGCCUUUUACCCGUAUUCCAGAAACCAUAAUGGCAUAGGAUAUUUGAGGCAAGAUCCUGCAGCCUUUGAUGAAAAAUUUCAAGAAAUAUCCAGAAAUGUGCUCAAUACCAGAUAUACUUUGCUUCCCUAUCUUUACACACUGAUGUAUGAAGCGCAUGCCCAUGGUAACACAGUUGUGCGGCCUUUACUACAUGAAUUUGUAGAUGAUAAAGUCACAUGGGAGAUAUAUGAACAGUUUCUCUGGGGACCUGCAUUGCUUAUUAGCCCUGCACUGCAUCCAAAUGUUACAGAAGUGAAUGCUUAUUUUCCCGAUGCCCGCUGGUAUAAUUAUUACACUAAUGAAGUUGAGGGAAUAAGAAAAGAAUUCCAGAACUUAGCCACUCCCCUUGAGCACAUCAACCUUCAUCUCAGAGGAGGCAACAUCAUCCCAUGGCAACUCCCUGCUUUGAAUACCCAGGCCAGCCGAAAAAAUAUGAUGGGUCUUACAGUAGCUUUGGAUGAUAAUGGGGCUGCACAGGGACUUCUAUAUUGGGAUGAUGGAACAACAAUUGAUGCAUAUGAGAAAGGUCUUUAUCUUCUGCAUACCUUUAAUGCCAGUCAGAAUGUGUUGAACAUUGGUAUUGCUCACCAAAGAUAUUUUGAUCCAAACAAUUUGAAAUUCGGUGAAAUUAAAAUCCUUGGAGUAGUAUCCACUAUCACUCCUGUUGUUAUAGUGCUUCAGAAUGGUGCAGAAAUUCCAUCCAGUCACAGCGCAACCUAUAAUGUUUCAUCUCAGGUCUUACACAUUACAGGCUUGCAACUUGCAGUUGGGCAAGAAUAUACACUGAGCUGGGAACCAGAGAAGUUUCAAGAUACAGACAAAUUUAACUGUCAUCCAUACCCAGAACCAACACAAAGCACUUGUGAAGCUCGUGGCUGCAUCUGGGAGGUUGUUUCUACUCCUGGAGUGCCACACUGUUUUUAUCCCAGUAAUUAUGGGUAUUCUGUCAGUAACAUUCAAACCACUGCUGUGGGCUUGACAGCUGACCUCCACAGGAACACUGAGUUUCCUAACCCAUAUGGUUCUAGGUCACCAGCAGUGGACCUGCUUCGUUUGGAAGUGACAUAUCAUUACAACGACAUGCUGCAGUUUAAGAUCUAUGAUCCCAACAAUAAAAGAUAUGAAGUUCCAGUCCCCCUCUUCACCCCAAACAACCCUGAAAGUACAGAUGCUAAUCGGCUCUAUCAAGUAGAAAUCGUCAACAAUCCAUUUGGCAUACAGAUCAAAAGGAAAAGUACAGGCAGUGUUAUCUGGAAUUCCCAGGUCCCAGGCUUCACCUUCAGUGACAUGUUCAUUCAGAUUGCUACACUCCUGCCAUCACAGUAUGUAUACGGAUUUGGAGAAACUGAACACACUCGAUUCCGGAGAGAUAUGAAUUGGGAGACUUGGGGAAUGUUCACCAAAGAUCAACCUCCUGGAUACAAACUGAAUUCGUAUGGUUUCCAACCCUUCUACAUGGGAAUGGAAAAUGAUGGAAGUGCUCAUGGAGUUCUUUUGCUGAACAGUAAUGCUAUGGAUGUCACCUUCCAACCAACACCUGCCCUCACGUAUCGCACAAUUGGAGGAAUUCUGGACUUUUAUAUGGUUUUAGGGCCAAAUCCAGAAGAAGUUGUUCAAGAAUACACCAGACUUAUAGGAAGACCAGUCAUGCCACCUUAUUGGGCCUUGGGAUUCCAGCUUUGCCGCUAUGGAUACAAAAAUACUUCUGAAGUCCGUGAUCUGUAUAAUGCAAUGAGAGCUGCUAAAAUACCAUAUGAUGUACAAUAUACAGACAUUGAUUACAUGGAAAGGAAGCUAGACUUUACUCUUGGCAAAAACUUCAGUGAUCUACCUGAUUUUGUCAAUGAAAUAAAAGCAGAUGGUUCAAGAUUCAUCAUCAUCCUGGAUCCAGCAAUUUCAGGCAAUGAAACUUCAUCAUAUGAGACAUUUACCAAAGGUUUGCAGAACAAAGUCUUCAUUACAUGGCCUAAUAGCACAGACAUCGCUUGGGCUAAGGUGUGGCCAGAUUAUCCUAAUGUAACAUAUCCUGAAGACUCAAGUUUGGAAGAACAACUUGCGUGCUGUCGAGCUGAUGUCGCUUUCCCUGAUUAUUUCCGCCCUUCCACCGCACAGUGGUGGCAAGAAGAAAUAGAAAACUACCAUGCCAGUGUUCUACAAUUUGAUGGCCUAUGGACUGACAUGAAUGAACCAUCCAACUUCAUUGAUGGAGCUAUUGGUGGCUGCAGAAAUCCAGAUUUAAAUUACCCUCCAUAUAUGCCAGCAUUGGUCUUAAGAGAGAGAGGACUGAGUCUUGUUACGAUGUGCAUGGAAAGUGAACAGCAACUUCCGGAUGGGACCCCUGUGAGACAUUACGAUGUACACAAUCUGUAUGGAUGGUCACAAGCAGAGUCCACUUACUAUGGUAUGCGAAACGCCACAGGAGAACGUGGGAUCAUUAUCACCCGCUCAACAUAUCCAUCCAGUGGUCGAUGGGCAGGACAUUGGCUCGGUGACAACUAUGCAAGAUGGGAUCAGCUUGAUAAAUCUGUUAUUGGUAUCUUGGAAUUCAGCCUUUUUGGAAUCUCUUAUUCUGGUGCUGACAUCUGUGGAUUCUUCAAUGAUACAACCUAUGAAAUGUGUGCCCGGUGGAUGGAGCUUGGAGCCUUUUACACUUUCUCCAGAAAUCAUAAUGUGUUGUUAACUCGGAGGCAAGAUCCUGUCUCCUUUAACUCAACAUUUGAAGAUAUCUCACGGAACGUGCUUAACAUAAGAUACAGAUUGCUGCCCUAUCUCUAUACCUUAAUGCAUAAUGCCCAUGUUGAUGGCAACACAGUUUCACGUCCUUUGCUGCAUGAGUUUCCUAAUGACAAGACAACCUGGGACAUCUACAAGCAAUUUUUAUGGGGACCAGCAUUAAUGAUUAGUCCUGUACUUGAUCAAGGAGAGGUGACAGUCAAUGCUUACAUACCAGAUGCACGAUGGUAUGAUUAUCAUACAGAGGCAGAUAUUAAAGUGCGAAAACAAUUCAAGACAUUGGAAGCACCUUUAGAGCAUAUCAAUCUUCAUAUCCGAGGCGGUUAUGUAAUUCCCUGGCAGGUGCCUGAUAUUACUACCAAUGCCAGCCGAAAAAAUAUGAUGGGUCUUACAGUAGCUUUGGAUGAUAAUGGGGCUGCACAGGGACUUCUAUAUUGGGAUGAUGGAACAACAAUUGAUGCAUAUGAAAACGGUUUUUAUCUUCUUCAUACCUUUAAUGCCAGUGAGAGUAUCCUGAACAUUGGUAUUGCCCACCAGGGAUAUAAUGAUCCAAACAACUUAAAAUUUGGUGAAAUUAAAAUCCUUGGAGUAGUAUCCACUAUCACUCCUGUUGUUAUAGUGCUUCAGAAUGGUGCAGAAGUUCCAUCCAGUCACAACACAACAUAUAAUGUUUCAUCUCAGGUCUUACACAUUACAGGCUUGCAACUUGCAGUUGGGCAAGAAUAUACACUGAGGUGGGAACCAAAGGUGUUUCAAGAUACAGACAAAUUUAACUGUCAUCCAUACCCAGAACCAACACAAAGCACUUGUGAAGCUCGUGGCUGCAUCUGGGAGGUUGUUUCUACUCCUGGAGUGCCACACUGUUUUUAUCCCAGUAAUUAUGGGUAUUCUGUCAGUAAUAUUCAAACCACUGUUGUGGGCUUGACAGCUGACCUCCACAGGAACACUGAGUUUCCUAACCCAUAUGGUUCUAGGUCACCAGCAGUGGACCUGCUUCGUUUGGAAGUGACAUAUCAUUACAACGACAUGCUGCAGUUUAAGAUCUAUGAUCCCAACAAUAAAAGAUAUGAAGUUCCAGUCCCCCUCUUCACCCCAAACAACCCUGAAAGUACAGAUGCUGAUCGGCUCUAUCAAGUAGAAAUUGUCAGCAAUCCAUUUGGCAUACAGAUCAAAAGGAAAAGUACAGGCAGCGUUAUCUGGAAUUCCCAGGUCCCAGGCUUCACCUUCAGUGACAUGUUCAUUCAGAUUGCUACACUCCUGCCAUCACAGUAUGUAUACGGAUUUGGAGAAAAUGAACACACUCAUUUCCGGAGAGAUAUGAAUUGGGAGACUUGGGGAAUGUUCACCAAAGAUCAACCUCCAGGAUACAAACUGAAUUCGUAUGGUUUCCAACCCUUCUACAUGGGAAUGGAAAAUGAUGGAAGUGCUCAUGGAGUUCUUUUGCUGAACAGUAAUGCUAUGGAUGUCACCUUCCAACCAACACCUGCCCUCACGUAUCGCACAAUUGGAGGAAUUCUGGACUUUUAUAUGGUUUUAGGGCCAAACCCAGAAGAAGUUGUUCAAGAAUAUACCAGACUUAUAGGAAGACCAGUCAUGCCACCUUAUUGGGCCUUGGGAUUCCAGCUUUGCCGCUAUGGAUACAAAAAUACUUCUGAAGUCCGUGAUCUGUAUAAUGCAAUGAGAGCUGCUAAAAUACCAUAUGAUGUGCAAUAUACAGACAUUAAUUACAUGGAAAGGAAGCUAGAUUUUACUCUUAGCAAAGACUUCAGUGAUCUUCCUGAUUUUAUCAAUGAAAUAAAAGCCGAUGGUUCAAGAUUCAUCAUCAUCCUGGAUCCAGCAAUUUCAGGAAAUGAAACUUCAUCAUAUGAGACAUUUACCAAAGGUUUGCAGAACAAGGUCUUCGUUACAUGGCCUAAUAGCACAGACAUCGCUUGGGCUAAGGUGUGGCCAGAUUAUCCUAAUGUAACAUAUCCUGAAGACUCAAGUUUAGAAGAACAACUUGCGUGCUGUCGAGCUGAUGUCGCUUUCCCUGAUUAUUUCCGCCCUUCCACCGCACAGUGGUGGCAAGAAGAAAUAGAAAAUUACCAUGCCAGUGUUCUACAAUUUGAUGGCCUAUGGACGGACAUGAAUGAACCAUCCAACUUCAUUGAUGGAGCUAUUGGUGGCUGCAGAAAUCCAGAUUUAAAUUACCCUCCAUAUAUGCCAGCAUUGGUCUUAAGAGAGAGAGGACUGAGUCUUGUUACGAUGUGCAUGGAAAGUGAACAGCAACUUCCGGAUGGGACACCUGUGAGACAUUACGAUGUACAUAAUCUGUAUGGAUGGUCACAAGCAGAGUCCACUUACUAUGGUAUGCGCAAUGCCACAGGAGAACGUGGCAUCAUUAUCACCCGGUCAACAUAUCCAUCCAGUGGUCGAUGGGCAGGACAUUGGCUCGGAGACAACUAUGCCAGAUGGGAUCAGCUUGAUAAAUCUGUUAUUGGUAUCUUGGAAUUCAGCCUUUUUGGAAUCUCUUAUUCUGGUGCUGACAUCUGUGGAUUCUUCAAUGAUACAACCUAUGAAAUGUGUGCCCGAUGGAUGGAGCUUGGAGCCUUUUACACUUUCUCCCGAAAUCAUAAUGUGUUGUUAACUCGGAGACAAGAUCCUGUCGCCUUUAACUCAACAUUUGAAGAUAUCUCACGGAACGUGCUUAACAUACGAUACAGAUUGCUGCCCUAUCUCUAUACUUUAAUGCAUAAUGCCCAUGUUGAUGGCAGCACAGUUUCACGUCCUUUGCUGCAUGAGUUUCCUAAUGACAAGACAACCUGGGACAUCUACAAGCAAUUCUUAUGGGGACCAGCAUUGAUGAUUAGUCCUGUACUUGAUCAAGGUGAAGUGACAGUAAAUGCUUACAUACCAGAUGCACGAUGGUAUGAUUAUCAUACGGGGGCAGAUAUUAAAGUGCGAAAACAAUUCAAGACGUUGGAAGCACCUUUAGAGCAUAUCAAUCUUCAUAUCCGAGGUGGCUAUGUAAUUCCCUGGCAGGUGCCUAAUAUCACUACCAAUGCCAGCCGACAAAACCCCAUGGGCCUUACCAUUGCUUUGGAUGACAAUGGAGUCGCCCGAGGACAACUUUUUUGGGAUGAUGGAAUUAGUAUUGAUACAUAUGAAAAUGGUGACUACUACUUCUCAAGAUUUCAAGUAUCUGAGAAUACACUGAAUGUUUCUGUGGACCACAACAACUAUUUAACUGACACAGUUGAUUUGACAAUUGGUUAUCUGCACGUCUGGGGACUUACAGCACCAGUUACUGAUGUUACUGUUACUUAUGAUGGGAUGACAGAAACUGCUAGUCAUCAGUAUGAUUUAACAAAUCAGAUACUUGAAGUUGACCUCACUGGCAAAAAUUAUCUUAUCUACAAAUUAAGUCAAGUGAAAUGGGUGACAACCACUUAGCUGCCUGUGAAAAAAUAACAGCGCAAGGACACCUCCACUGUGAAACAAUUAUUUGCUUUUACACUGUAUGGGGCAGGGUGGGAUCUUGGAAACACAUAAAUAAAGAAAUGGCUGUACCCUGAAUGUAAGUAAUAUUUGUAAUAAAAUACUUUAAUUUUUAUUUUUAUAUAUAAAAAAGGAGAACAUAUACAAUGGUGACAAUUCUGGAUUGUUGCUAUAGCCGUUGAAUUAGACAAAAAUGAAAACAGAGUAUGUUUAAUUUAUUGAAAUACAAAAAGGUAAUAUUUUGUAAAAUAGGCUGUAGAAUUUUUAAAAGAUGAAUUAUUGCAGCAAAACUGUAUGAUAGGAAUCAGAUGUUUUGUUCCAUUUUGCAGAGGCUAAAUAAUUAGCAUGAUGGACUAUGUAAUCUUUCCUUAUGAUGAUGUUUAUAAAGUUCUGCAUAGAAAUGUGUUAUUAAAUACAACAGAUCUCUAGUUUUUGUAAUUUAUUUGAUUAUAACAAUAAAAUUUAAUUAACAAUG